AUGGACGAGUCUUACGCUAAUCUCCCUACUAGCCAUUUGCUCGGUUCAGUACCUGCUGUGGUCCGUGAAGAAAAGGCAAAAACUGUCGUGAAUUAUGAAGUUCCUGAAGCAAAUAUGGAAACCUUCCCUCCAAAUAUUAAUGGAGUCGGUGGCCGUGGUUAUCAAACUCUUGGAAGUCCACCUGAAGGAUUUGAGCAACAACCACCCAACAAUUGGAAGGGGAUAUUUAGUGUUUCAUCAUACAUGCAAUAUUUCAACGUGGAUACAGAUAUUGUUGUCAAUAGACUGAUGAGCUCUUUUUAUCCUAUUGGUGGUGAUUUUUUCAGCAAGAUUGAUGCAAAUCCUGAUCUAUACGGACUUGUCUGGGUCUCAACUACACUGAUAUUUGUGCUUGCGUCUCUUGGAAACCUUGCCACCUACCUCAUACAGAAACAUACUGAUCACAAAGCUUCUUGGAGCUUUGACGUUGGAUAUGUGAAUGUGGCAGUGUUUUCAGUCUACGGCUAUGCUAUCGUGGUGCCAUUGGCAUUUUAUUUCUUGCUUCGAUAUCUGGAAUCAAAUCCUAAGCUGAUACAGUUCUGGUGCAUGUGGGGAUAUUCUCUUUUCGUCUUUGUUCCAAGCUCGUUUUUGUUGGUUAUCCCAAUUGAGGUUCUUCGGUGGAUCAUUAUACUUGCUGCUGGUGUUGAUUCGGGUAUGUUUGUUGCCGCGAACCUCAAGACCUUUGUUGGGGGGAAUGAUCUUGCAAUUAUGGUGGUUGCAGCAUUCUUCUUGCAACUGGCUCUAGCAAUCUUCUUUAAGGUCUGGGUGCACUGUAGUAAAGAAUUCCAGGGUGUGUCUUUGACUAAUAGUGUGGUGAUUAUAGUUAUAUUGCUAUGGAGUGGUUGGGAUGGCAUGGAUGUGGUUUUGCAUAACCUCUUAAAUGAACAAGGUAGACUAUAUCUGGUCUCCUUGGAAUCUGAGAUUCAAGCUGAACACGAGGAAGAUCAAAUUGAGUCAUUUGGUGCAUGA